AUGCCUAUAUCCGACUUCAUCGCAUACAACGACCUCCAACUAUACGGCAGCUCGACAGAUCUCUACUCAAUGACAUCCACAUCUCCAUCUCCAUCUCCAUCCCGUUCACCCACUCGCGGUGCUUCCGCCACCAGCAGCAGCACCAAACCCCGCGGGACCGCGCACCUCGCCUCGCACGCGCACCUGCAAAUCCUGAACGCCUUCACCACCCCGUCCUCAUACUCCACGUUCCUCUCGACGCUCGACCUCCCGUCCCCGAUCCGCCUCCGGCCCACGUGGGACGCGUACUUCAUGACGCUCGCGUCGCUCGCGUCGCAACGCUCCAACUGCAUGAAACGGCGGGUGGGGUGCGUGCUCGUCCACAACGCGCGUAUCAUCUCGACCGGUUACAACGGCACGCCGCGCAACCUGCGCAACUGCAACGAAGGCGGGUGCGCGCGGUGCAACGCCGCUUCCACAGGGGGAUCCGCGCUGUCGACAUGCCUGUGUCUGCACGCGGAGGAGAACGCGCUGCUGGAGGCCGGGAGGGAGCGCAUCCGCGAGGGCGCCGUGCUGUAUUGCGACACGUGUCCGUGUUUGACGUGCAGUGUCAAGAUUGCGCAGGUGGGCGUCAAGGAGGUGGUGUUCAGCCAGAGCUACAAUAUGGACGAUGCGAGCAGGCGGGUGUUGGACGAGGCGGGUGUAUUGCUCAGGCAGUUCAGCCCACCCCGGACCGGGUUGCUGGGUUCAGAUGGUGGGCAUCCCAGGUCGGGAGAGGAUGAUGGCGAGGACAACGAGGUGGGGAGAGAGUUGGUGGUUGUUACGAAUGGGAAGUGA